UGACGACAGCCCUCUCCCCGUCUCACCAUGCGUUCUCCCUUUCACAGCUCUCUCACUCCUCUGCCUUCCUCCUCUACUUGGUAAUCAUCCCCAUGGUACUGACAUCCACCGUUCUCCACCCCCCCUUACACCCUCCCACCACCCCAAUCACCAUCCAACCCAACAUACAAGCAGGGGUGGCAUACGGCGACGCCAACAAGCUAGAGACGCUCAUCCGAGUGUGCGGCUCGGGUUGCUUCUGGCUCUGGCCCGAGCUCCUUAAAGCCCUGCACCUGCUGCAGCGGCCCCCUACCUGGGCCCCGUGCCGCGAGUUUUUUGCCGACACUGGGGAGUGUGGCUGCCAGGCUGUCAUUGGCAGGGAUUACCACGAGAGGAGAGUGUCUGUGCGCACGGCGCUGCAGUGCGGGUAUUCCGUGCGCCUCUGGUACCACCCGUGCCCCGGGGUUGAUAUCAAGAAGGCGUUUCGCAGCACAGCGUACAGGACAGAGUUGAGAGCGCGAGGGCGGGAGAUGUUUCAAGAGCAGAUUCGAGCGGCUAUGGCGAGGCAUGGGGUGCUGCCGGUGACGGAGAAGGCAGACGGUGGGGAAUUAUGA